CAGAUGAACACCACAUCCAACUCCAAGAACAUGACUACAGCAGGCCAGCUUAUCAGCUGCAAAGCCGCCGUGGCAUGGGGUCCUGGCCAGCCAUUGGUCAUCGAAGAAAUUCAGGUGGAUAUCCCCCAGAAAAUGGAGGUCCGAAUUAAGAUCCUUUUCACUUCUAUCUGUCAUACUGAUCUUGGUGCUUGGCAAGGAAAGAAUGAAGCUCAACGAGUAUAUCCAAGAAUCUUUGGCCAUGAAGCCUCUGGGGUGGUGGAGAGUGUGGGAGAAGGGGUGGAGGAUAUGAAGGCUGGAGAUCACGUUGUUCCGAUAUUUAACGGAGAAUGUGGAGAUUGUGUUUUCUGCAAGUCGAAAACGAGUAAUCUGUGCAAAAAGUUUAGGGUGGAUCCGUUCAAGAGUGUGAUGGCAAACGAUGGAAAGACGAGGUUUUGGACAAAACAAGGGGAACCCAUUUACCAUUUCCUCAAUACCUCGACUUUCAGCGAGUACACGGUGAUUGACUCCGCCUGUGUCGUCAAGAUCGACCCCAGUGCUUCCCUCAAGACCAUGACCCUCCUUAGCUGUGGCGUUUCCACUGGCCUCGGAGCUGCAUGGAAUACAGCCGAUGUACAAGCCGGUUCGUCUGUCGCUGUUUUUGGUCUCGGAGCCGUAGGACUCGCGGUUGUUGAAGGAGCACGAUCCAGAGGAGCCUCCAAAAUCAUAGGGGUGGAUAUAAACUCCGAGAAGCUCAGCAGAGGUGUAGCCAUGGGUGUCACUGAUAUCAUAAACCCAUUGGACUUAAACAAACCAGUCCACGAGGAAAUCAGGGAAAUCUCGGAAGGAGGAGUAGAUUUUAGCUUCGAGUGUGCGGGAAACUUGGACGUUCUCCGGGAGGCUUUCCUUUCGUCGCACGAGGGUUGGGGUUUGACGGUACUACUGGGAAUUCAUCAGACUCCGAAAACGCUCCCUCUUCAUCCCAUGGAACUCUUCGAUGGUCGGAGAAUAAUUGGAUCCGUUUUCGGAGACUUCAAAGGGAAAUCUCAGCUACCUGAAUUUGCCAAAAAAUGCAUGCAUGGGGCAGUGAAAUUGGAUGACUUUAUAACCCAUGAACUACCAUUCAGUGAGAUCAACAAAGCUUUCCAGUUACUUAUGGAUGGGAAAUCACUGAGAUGCAUUCUGCAUCUUUGAAACAUUCAUUUCAUAUCCUCAUAUAUAUA